CGCCGCUCUGCCGCACAUCCAGCCACCUCUCCAGCCAGCUGCACACACUCCGCCCCACUCUGUAGAGAUGCCCCCGCAACUAGGGGCGUUUGCGAUUCCGUACCCCGCCCAGCACAAGUCGCGCACGGCGGCGAGCGCGGAGGUCGUGGAGGUGGGCACUUCGUACCAGCACCAGCCUGCGGCGGGGCCGAGUCGGAUACAUGGAAACGGGGUCGACGACCCAGCGAAGAAAGACAAGAGGCGGAAAGAGAUGGUCGGGAAAGUGGUUGGAAGGGAGCUGAACGACCGCCGCGACGAGAUAGUCGGGCGGCACUACGCAGAGCUGAUCGGGGAGCUGCACCACGCCUCCAUACAGCUCUCGAUGCACCCCGACACGCUGCCCGCGUACAACCUGCGGCUGUACCCCCUCUCGCUCGAGCGCUCCGCCCUGCUCGCGCAGCUCGUGUUCCAGGAGAAGCACGGGGUGGAGGUCAUCCAGACCGCGUACGACGAGGAGCGCGAGCGGGUCGAGGAGGAGUGGCAGAAGGGCCGGGAGCGCAUCCGCGAGCGCUUGUUGGAGGGCAUCGAGGAGCGGCGGCGGCGGGCGAGGGAGGAGAAGGAGAGCGACGGGCCGGCGGCGGCUGCGCAACAAACUCGGCGGCGGGACCUCGCCACCCUCCACGCCGCUCUCCGCCGCCGCCCCGGCGCAGGCUCCCUCGGGGCGAUCCCCGCAGGGCCCAUAACCUCCGGGCCGUUCCUCAAUCCGCACUCGCUCGCCGUCGACGAGCUCCCCUCGCCCUUCCCGCUCCCGCUCACAUCGACGCACCUCAGCCACACCUCCGGGUACGCGUACGGGGCGGGAGCGGCAGCCGUAGGAAACGGGAAGCGGAGGGCGAGGGGAGGUGGCCGCGAGGCGCAGGCCUUGGGAGGGCUUGGGAAGAGCCUGAUGCUGCUGAACACGGUCAAGGACCAGGAUGUCGAGCAUGACCUCAUGGAGAUCCGGAGAGGGAAUAAGCGCCGGCGAGUUGCCGCCACGACUGUGGGCGCGAAGGGCUGA